AUGGAUAGCUCAUCAAAUUCACCCCGUGUAUCGACUACAUCGGUACCCGGUGUUAUAACAAUUGAUGGCCAUAGUUGGUCCUACUGGGCAUUUGUUUGGCUUGGUCUUGGUUCUUUAUUACCAUUUAAUUUUUUCAUAACAGCUGAUCCAUAUUUUCGUUAUAAAUUACAUGAUCCUACAAUGCCAAAUUCAACUGUAUCACGUCUUGAAUUAUCCUAUGAAAAUGCAGUUACAAUUUGUGCAGCUGUACCAAAUUUAAUCGCAACAAUUUUUGUUACAUUUGUUUGCAUACCUUACAUACAUAAAUAUCGAAUAUGUACAUCAUUAAGUGGUAUAACAAUUUGUUUAUUAAUAUGUUUUUCACUUAUUUUUGUUGAUGUUCAUCGUUGGCGUGAAAUAUUCUUUUUUCUAACAAUGAUACUUGUUAUGAUUCAAGGUGUAUUCUGUGCUAUUCUACUCAAUUGUUUCUUUUCAUUAGCAUCAACAUUACCAAGUCGAUAUAUUCAAGGAUUUGUCGCUGGUCAGGCACUUGGUGGUGUAUUUGUUGUUGUCUGUUCUAUAGCAUCAAUCUUAUUUUCAAAUAAUAUAUCUAUAUCAGCAGCGAUUUAUUUUCUUCUGGCUAUAUUUGUUCUUCUAUCAAAUUUAUUAACAUAUAUCUAUCUUGAAAAAUCUCAUUUAUUACAGAUUUAUUCAUCAUCAAUACAAGAAAUAAAUAAUGAAUAUGAACCAUUACUUCAUUCAUCAUCAUCAACAACAGAAGAUUAUCAGAAUAGUAAUAAUAAUAAUAAUUCAAACAAUAUAACAUUAUUAGCAUUACGUCAACGUUUAUUAGUAGCAUAUAAAUAUACAAAAUGGAAUUUUUUUGGUAUACUUUUAACAUUUAUUUGUACAUUAUCAUUAUUUCCAGCUUAUAUGUCGAAAAUUCAACCAGCUUAUCCAUCAAUUAAUUAUCCAAAUACAAUAUGGACAGAUCGUUUAUAUGCACAAGUUAUGACAUUUCUUUUAUUUAAUGUUGGUGAUACACUCGGUCGUAUGAUAUCAUCAAAAAUUCAAAUACCAUCAUUAUUAAAACCACAUCUUCUUUUUUCUAUAUGUGUAUUAAGAUUUCUAUUUAUUCCUUUAUUUGGUUUGUGUCAUUUUCCCAAUACAAAUGGUUUUCCAUACGUAUUUAAAAAUGAUUUUAUUUACGCUGGAAUUGUCUUACUUUUUGCUAUGUCACAUGGUUAUUGUAAUUCACUCAAUAUGAUGUAUGCACCAAGACGUGUUCAUGCUCAAUUAAGCAGUACUGUUGGAGCACUUAUGCUUAUGGCAUUGACUACGGGUAUAUUUAUUGGUUCAUUAUUAUCUUAUGGUGUUGUGGCUAUGUAUGGUGAUGCCAAAGAACCAGAUAAUCAACAUUUUCAAUGA